GACACGAUGGCAAAUUUCGAUGAAAUUGAAAGAAAACUGAGACAACUGGACCAGAGCCACUUAUUGCAGUUUUUUUACAAGUUUAGUGAUGAGGAAAAAAAGAAUUUCUUGCAACACUUGCAAGGUUUGGAUUUGGACGCCAGUGCCAGGUUGUUUGAACGAGCGAAGAAUUGUCUUGACGUGGCUCCGGACACCGAAGACAUGAAGCCGAUUCCGCAUUCGCAGUUCGAGUCGGAGGAGGGUUGUGACGGUGAAACGCUCGAAAGGUACAGAAUACGGGGGUUGGAGGCGAUCGGCGCCGGUGAAGUGGGUGUCCUGCUUCUGGCAGGGGGGCAAGGCACCCGGCUGGGGGUCACGUACCCCAAGGGCAUGUACUCGGUCGGCUUGCCCUCCGGGAAAACCAUCUUCCAAAUCCAGGCCGAACGCAUCAGACGGGUCCAACACUUGGCUAAGAAACACACAGGGAAGGGUGGCAAAGUCACUUGGUAUAUCAUGACAAGUGGCCCCACUGAUAAAAUGACUGAAACAUUCCUCAAAUCGCACAAUUUCUUCGGCCUUGACCCCCAAAACGUCGUUUUGUUCAAGCAGGGCCUACUGCCCUGUUUCGAUUUCGACGGGAAGAUAAUCCUAGAGGCCCCGAAUCUAGUUGCCUUAGCCCCGGACGGAAACGGCGGGAUAUACCGUGCGUUGCACGUGAACGGUGUUUUAGACGACAUGCGGAGGCGUGGCGUGAAGUACAUUCACGCCCACAGCGUCGAUAACAUCCUCACCAAAGUCGCCGACCCGGUUUUCAUUGGCUACUUUAUUGAAAAGGGUGGGGAUUGCGCGGCCAAAGUGGUCAAAAAGGCGGGACCAACGGAAGCGGUGGGCGUGGUGUGCCAAAUCAAAGGGCGGUUCCAAGUCGUUGAAUACAGCGAAAUUUCGGAAGAAAAGGCGCAUUUGCGUGACGAGGAGGGGAAUCUGGUUUAUAGUGCUGGCAACAUUUGCAACCAUUUAUUCACAACUGUGUUUCUACAAAGGGUCAGCGAUGAAUUCGAACACGAAUUGAAGUUACACGUGGCUAAGAAAAAAAUUCCUUUCGUUGACGAAACCGGACAAACAGUCACACCGGAAAAACCCAACGGAAUUAAAAUAGAAAAAUUCAUUUUCGACGUUUUCCCAUUCAGUGAUCGGUUCGUGACGUGGGAAGUGCCCCGUAAAAGUGAAUUCAGUGCAAUGAAAAAUAUGGAUAGUGUCGGUAAAGACUGCCCUUCCACGGCACGCCAGGAUUUACUAGCCUUGCAUCGGACUUAUAUUGAAAAAGCCGGGGGCGUGGUUUCCGCAGAGGUGGAGAUUUCGCCCCUCCUGUCGUACACAGGGGAGGAGCUUGAAGCCCGCGUCAAAGGAAAAAUGUUUACAGAAACGACCGUUUUAUUGGGAGAGGAAGAGAUUAGUAUUAAUGGUGGGAGGGCUUAA